AUGGCGUAUAACCACCACCCAUCGGACUCAAUUUCCAACGCCGCAUAUCCCUCCGACUCGUCCUACACACCCGGUCAUCACCCCUCCAGCUCAAUCUCCAAUGCCGCCUACCCGCAAGAUUCUUCCUACCGUCCGUCAGCUCCUACCUCGCACCCCGACGACAAGCUCGCCAUGCCCGAGGCUCGGUACUCCCAGUCUUACAACACCGGCCCCGCGAUGGGCGGCAGCCGGCAGGCUCCUACAGCACCCUACCCUCAAUAUCCUCCGGCAGCACAAUCCCCUAGCUGGGGCCAACCGAGCCCGACCCACGAUCCGCUGUUAGGCCCGUACUCGCCCGGCCGCGGAAGUGUGACCCCGUGGAGCCCCGACGGCAUGUCAGCUGCGAACCCGAACCUGCCCCCGCCGCCGCCGUAUGACCCCUCCCGACCGGGCACAGGAGCAGCAACGGGAGCGAGCACGCCCAGGGACCCUGUCUCCCCGAACCAGUCCGAGAGCGCGCUUACCGGACAGCAUGGGGCGCGGGAUGCGCGACCAGGAAGCAAUUACGCAGGCACACCACAGCAAACUCCAGCGCCGGCCGCGGCGCACAUCGCAGACAUCCCCGCCCACAACAACGGGGAACGCCCGCGCACGUAUCUGCAGUCCAUGACGGGCGGAAUGCCCGCUUACGGAAACAGUCCCGGCGGCCUUGGGCCGGUGGCCAAGGCGAGGAGGAAGAGGAAGCAAAAGCUCGGCAUCCUCGCCGCUAUCCUCUGCGCCGUGUUGCUGUUCCUCAUUGCGCUGAUUGUCGGCGUGUUAGUCGGCGUGGUGAAGGUGAAUGUCAAGGAUAAGGAAGACAAGCCGCCUCCACAUGGACCCCCGCGGUUCUAG